CAGCCCAGGCGUUUGUAUAAUCUGCUGCCUACGGACACAUUUGCUGCGAGACAGAAAGACGACAGAACUAUGCCUACGUUGGACAGUGACAACUAAUUAACCUUUUAGCAGCUACAUAUUUUCGGCAUGGAUUCCGACGCGAAUAAUCACGUUAUUACACCUGGUCCUUACAGAGCCACGAAACUGUGGAAUGAAGUGACCAAGCUCUUUCGUGCGGGAAUGCCCUUGAAGAAACAUCGGCAACACUUCAGAGUGUACGGAAACUGUUUUACUGCAGCGGCUGCCGCAGACUGGCUCCACGAGCUGCUUAGAAAUAAUAAGAAUUUUGGACCCGAGGUCACUAGACAACAAACUGUGCAGCUGCUGAAGAAGUUUCUCAAAAACCACGUCGUUGAGGAUGUAAAAGGCAGAUGGGGAACUGAGGAGUUUGAGGACAAUGCUCAACUGUACAGGUUCCCUUCAACGUCCCCAUUAAAGCCUAUUCCAAAUGGCCCAGUCAUUCUUAGAAAGAAAUCUGGUACACCAAAAGAUAAAGAGGGAUUCUUUAAAUUCAGAAAUUCAAAGAAAUUUGACAAAGAAACUCUGGAAAACUUCGAUCCAGAGAGUCAAGAGUUAUCAGCAAAAUCUGCCCCUCGAGAAACUGUACAUCGCAGAGAGGUGACCGAAGAAGACACUCAGGAAGUUUGGAGAAACAUCACUUUAACUCAUUUACAGAAAAUAUUGGGACUGAGCACCCUGGAGGGGGUGUUGGAUCUGAGCCAGGUCAAUGUUGAGCAUAUUGUUUACAACAUGACCCAUGUCAACAAGCAUGGCGUUGUUAACCUGGAGGAUAAGACAGAUGACCUCCCACACUGGGUUCUGUCAGCCAUGAAGUGUUUGGCAAACUGGCCCAAAUACGAUUCCAGCCAGCCAUCAUAUCCUGGUUUCGAGAAGGACGUUUUUAAAACAAUCUCCGACUACUUCUGCAGUUUACCCGAACCUCUCCUCACAUUUCAGUAUUAUGACUUGUUUGUCAAUGUCUUGGUUCUGUGCGGCUACGCUUCUGGUCCCAAAGCGCACAGAGGCAAACGCAAAAACCCAGAGGCGCCCCGUUACCCGCUGCCCCCCAAAACGCCCCACCUCAACGACCCCGCCAAAUUCUUCAAGUCCACCGAGUGCCUGCUGCUCAGCCUGGUGCGCAAGGACUGCCGUGGGGAGGACGAAGGGGACGAGUGCGAGGACGACUCGCCCAUGCGGGAGGUGUUCAGCUCCAGGGUGGAGCUCAGGGCCAAGACCCUCAGGGGGGGCUGUGCUGGGAAGGUCCAGGCCGCUCGGAGGGCCAGCACUGGGGAGGUGAUCGGCGGGAGUUGCAUUGACCUCCCCGGCUCCACCACCACCACCACCACGAUGGCGGCUCCAGCUGCAUCCAGACGCAGGCCUCAGAGUUUCUGUCUGGACCAGACGGUGGCGGAGAUGAACAGCAUGGCAGGGCAGAGGCACUCACAACGCACUCUCUUCAGGUCUGAGGACAACCUCCUCCAAACCUCCAGUAGGAAUGACACUGCUUCUAGAUUUACAGGCCUCGGUCACAAGGAGAGCACUUACACGCCCCCGGACGCAGGGGUACAACUUCUCAGGGUAGGGCACAGGGUGUGUGCCUCCAUGGGCAGCCUCUCGCACCACAGCAGCUCCGGCAGCGAGAGCGGCAGCCCCCCUACUGACACGGACUCCUCUUCAGAGUACAGCUUCCACACUGCUCGCACCUCUCGCUCCAGCACUAGCACCCACUCCUCCUCCUCCUCCUCCUCCUCCUCCUCCUCUGCCUCUGUCAGCGGAAGGCCGUUUGCCAGGCCAGCGCGGCCGAGAAGCAUGGGCAAUCUGGUGGACAUCUCCGAGCACGGCGAGGAGCUGUCGGCCAGCUACCUCAGCAUCAACGCCCCAGUGGCGGAGAUCACCGUCAGGCCAGACUUCAGCUCCACCGUGGACCUCAGAGGGCCGGGGCUGUCACGCACCACCACCGCCAUCGUGGGUGGCAGCAGCCUGGAUGUGCGGAGGGACCAGGGUAUGAUGAUGAGCCGACGAUGCCAGAGCUCUGUGGACCUGUUCAGGCCUGGGGUGUCUGCUGCCACUGGGGCUGGUCGUGCUUAUGGUGGUUUCAGGGCCACUAGAACAGCCGGCGCUGUCUCUGCUACUACUGCUACUGCUGCUGCUGUGUCUGCCACUAGCAAUGUGUCCUCUGUGUCCACUCACACACGCCGCACGACUCCUGACCAAACUCUCCUGCAGCCGCAGCUGGAGCGGGUGGCCAUCGAGGCUCUGCAGCUCUGCACUCUGCUGCUGCCGCCCGCCAGUCGCCGCAAGCUGCAGCUCCUCAUGCGCAUGGUGUCACGCAUGAGCAUGAACGUCGACAUGCCCCGCCUUCACCACGCCAUCGGCACUCGCACAUUGAUGGUGCACACCUUCUCGCAGUGUGUGCUGAGCUGCCAGGAGGCUGAGGACCUGGACGAGCUGCUGGCCAGCCGCCUGCUCUCCUUCCUCAUCGAUCACCACCAGGAGAUCCUACAGGUGCCCACCUACCUGCACAACGCUGCCCAGGACCACAUCGCCUACCUCAAGAAAGUACAGAUCAUGUGCCCAGGCAUCGGGCCGUCUCUGCCCAGCUACUCCUUCUGCAGGCAGAUCAGCACACAGGAGUUUGAGGAGCAGAGGCUGUCCGUGUCCCAGGCAGCCGUCGCAGAGCUGCUGGAGAGCAUCAUCAAAGACAAAGCCAUGUCCACCAAGGAGAAGAAGAAGAAACUCAAACUGUUUCAGAAGGAGUAUCCAGACAUCUACUCUCGCAGGUUCCCCACAACAGAGAGUGAAGCUCAGCUGUUUGCAGACAAACCAAAGAUCAAACCCCCCAUGCUCAUCGGCAUCAAGAAAAGCAAGACUUUCAGUAUUCGCAACUGAUGUUCUAGCUGUCUUUUUGUUUUAAAGCUUUACGGGACAGUUUUCCCAUACAGGCAGGGAUUAAGCCAAAUUCUAGACUAAAAAGCCUUUUUUGUCAAUGCAGAUUUCCCCCUAUGUUCUUCCUUUUUAGUGUUAGACUAACCUUCAUCAGGCGUAUGGGAAACUGCUCGUGUGCGUUUUAAUGUUUGAGUUGAAGACUCUUGAAGCUUGUAGUUGAAGUUCUGCGUGUGAGUGUGUGUUUUAGUGAAGUUGUAAUACUUUUUGUUGUUUCCUUGUGUUUUUAACUUUGUUUCUCAAUGUUUAUUUAUUUUUGGUAAAUUUUUAGUUGUUUAUGGAAAAAUGUGGUCCUGGCUUGAUUGACUGUAUUAACUAUGCAGGAUAAUAACUCAGUAUCCAGCCUUUGUUUCUUUCUCAGUGUGUGUCAGAGCCUGGCUUGCCUGUGCAUCUCUCUCUCUCUCUCUCUCUCUCUCUCUCUCUCUCUCUCUCUCUCUCUC